AUGGCGUUACAUUUCUCUGUUGUUAAUUUGAAAGUUCCGAACCUGACAACCUUUGAAUUCAUCGCUGGAUCUAUAAAGUGCACUCCUGACAUGAAGAUCCUUGUCCUAUGCAUCUAUCGAACUGGCCCUGUCUCAAAGAAGUUCUUUGAGGAACUUGAUGACUUAUUGGGUUCUGCAAGUCUGAAAAGUAACUAUAUAAUAAUUGGAGGAGAUUUCAAUAUUCACACAGAGUCAAUUACUGUAAACUCAACUGAACUGCUGCAGACCACCUCAUCUUAUGGUUUCAAGCAACUUAUUGAAAAUCCGACCCACAUGAGUGGAGGAACUAUUGACCUGCUCUUUGACCAGAGUAACUUGAUUGAAACGUCUACAAUUGAAAUCCUGAAAAACUGUACCCUGAGUGAUCACUUCCCCAUCAUAUUUGCCACCAAGAAGUUUCAAACUAACCUCAAAGCUCCUAAAACAAUCAACACUAGACAGCUUAAAACCGUGGAUUGUGAUCAGUUGGCGAUUGAUUUACUGAUGUGUUCCUCUGACUAUGAAUUGGCAGACUGCUUUGUUGAAUCUUGUGAACAAUUCUUCCAAUGUAUUGGUAGUGUCCUCGAUGAACAUGCACCUUUGGUCCAAAAGACUAUAAGCUUUGUUCCCAAUGCUCCCUGGUUUGAUUCUGAGUACAAAGAUCAAAGGAAACUUAGAAGGAAAGCCGAGAGAACUAAGCAUAAAAGUGAGGAGAACAGGAUACUCUUUGAAGAGAUCCGAGAUGAAACAACGAACAUGGCUAAUCUUAAAAAACAACAGUAUUAUAAAUGUUUACUUGACAAAAAUCAACAUGAUGUUAAAGCUAUAUAUAGCAUUGUCAAUCGUGAGCUUGACAGACAUCAGAAUACUCCUCUCCCAGAAUCAGAAGAUGUUUCAAAACUUUGCAGUGAUUUUAAUCACUAUUUCAAUGAAAAGAUCAAGAACAUUAGGAAAGAUUUCCCCAGCAUAGAAGAUUUUGAUGUUGAUAAACACAUUAUGAAUCAACAGAACAAUUCCAACUGUGGAGGUCGGUUAUAUGAAUUUGAACCAUGCACAGAGGAUGAGCUGUCUGAAAUAAUCAAAGAAAGUGGAAUCAAGUGUGCACCAUCUGAUUUUCUUCCAACAACUGUCCUCAAAGACAAUAUCACAAGUUUCAUUCCUGUCUUAUGCAAACUGGUCAACCAGUCUCUAGCUAAGGGCACAUUCGACGGUUUGAAGACUGCUGACAUUAUUCCUACCAUCCCGGUGCGAAAUUUGAAGGAAUAUGGGAAUAAUAUUCCUACUGGUUUCAGGCAGGAAUUCCAUGUUGAAAAGAAGCAGAUUCAUCCCCUAAUAAUGAAAUAG